UGGCAAUCUCUUACUCAUACCAUCCCCUUGACUUCAGUCUUCUACUCUUUGUAGCUUGACUGAGGAACACACUGCUCUUUUCUUUUGAAGCUUCUUCCCACUGAACUCCUCUGAAUUCGAUCUCAAUUUCCGGUCACUAUAUAAUAGAAAUGGCAUCGAGUUCUAUCACGUCUUCGCGUAGUUCUAACUCGUCCUGGACAGCCAAGCAAAACAAGCAGUUCGAAGAUGCUUUAGCCUAUUUUGACAAGGAAACCCCAGACCGCUGGCAGAACAUAGCCAGGGCUGUGGGUGGGAAAUCGGCGGAGGAAGUGAAGAGGCAUUACGAGAUCCUUGUGAAGGACAUCAUGCAAAUAGAAUCUGACAAAGUACCUCUUCCCAGUUACCCCAGUUACAGGGCCGGUGGGGGCAACAGUAGAGCCAUUUACAAUGGACAGAGGUAGUGUUGAGAGGCUAACAAAGAAUCUGAAGCUCCAAUGAAGUUCAAGUCGCAGCUAUAGUAUACAAUCGAUGGAUUUUAUAACAAGAGCAAAUGCAUAGAUACGUAAAGAGCAUUGCUUGGAAGUACGCGGUUAUUGUGUUUCCUAUUUGUCCUGUCUUUUCCCGGUGUUUGGUAUGUCAAUGUAAUUGUUGCAAUAAAACCAGUGUGUAACUGUUUUAUGUCCUUUUAACCCGUCCCUAUUGUAAUGGAUUUCUCUUCUUCGCGA